GAUGCUUACAACAUUCUAUACGAAAAUAUAGCUUCAUCAAGAAAGUGAUUUCCGCCAGACGUUAUCACUACAAGCCUUCCCUUGAAUAUCACGAUGCCACAGAGCUCUUUGUCCUCAUGGCUUCGCAAGCCAGUCGCGACACCUACACCUCAAGCCCUAGCAACACAGCCUGGCAAGCAUAUCGAGUCCACGAAAGCUCCACGCCAACCUCCCAACCCGACAAACGACAGUAUCACCGAACCCACAAUCCACACCACACAGCCAACGAACCAUGACCGAAACAACACCGAAUCUGCUCCUACACCAACAGCCUCCUCCUCCACACGACCUCUCACGCCAACAUCCACAUCAACAUCAACAUCACCCUUCCUCGCCGCCCUCACACCGCCCCUCCCCGCUCUCCCACCCCCCGUAUCCUUCAGCCCCAUGACCAGCUCCUCCGUCCCCGCCUUCCGCCGCCUCAACGCCCUCCUCCUCCCAAUCCCCUACCCACAAUCCUUCUACGACGAAGUCCUCUCCGACCCCGUCACCGCAAACAUCACCCUGCUCGCCUUCUGGGACCCCAGCGUCACAUCCACACCCACAUCCACAACCCAACAGUCCCUCCCGCAACCACCACAACCACCCGUCCUCCUCCGCGACACGCCCCCACAAGGAAGCACCCUCAUCGCCGGCCUACGCUGCCGCAUCUACCCACACCCCUCAGAAACCACCCCGGACCCCACCAGCAACACCAUCUCCAUAUCCACAUCCACAUCCACCACCACCACCGAACCCCAACCAGACCCUCCCUCCUCCACCCGCCCAACCCUCUACAUCUCCACCCUCGUCCUCCUCCCCAGCUACCGCGCCUACGGCAUCGCAACACACCUCCUGCACUGCGUCCUCGCCCGGGCGAUCCGCGCACAUGGCGUCUCCGCCGUCACGGCGCAUGUCUGGGAGGCGAAUGCCGAGGGUCGUGCGUGGUAUAGCGCGCGUGGGUUUGAGGAGGUGGGCUUUGUGGAGGGGUAUUAUCGGAGGUUGAGGCCGAGUGGGGCGGUGCUUGUUAGGAGGAGGGUGCGGGUGGGGGAGUGGGCGGGGGCGAGGGGGGAUGGGGAGGGUGUGUGA